AGAAAGUUUUGCUACCCCGUGAGCGAGACUGCAAGCCCAUGAGAAGGGAUGGACCCCCACGGGAAAAUCGUUUGCCUUCGUCAUUCAGGCCACGGGAUUCUGCCAGACCUAAGUCACCAAAGUGAAGUCUGAGACUGGAAGUGACAUAUUGACAGAGGCUGCCCACCAGGCUAAGGGGACUAGACUACAGUCAGGGACUAUAAGACAUAAUAUGAACACCCUGGCUAGUUCUGCCUUGUCCUAUACACAUACCAACAUACUACAAAUUGGGUGUAACUGCAUGUUGGUGGUGUUCUCUGGCAGCUACUGAGUGGUACACUAGUUUGAUACGUCCCCAGCCUGGUGCUCCCACACCCCACUAGUUGCCCAGUUCUGCUGCUGCAGUGCAUGUGGCUGCAUCAUCCUUCUCCAGUGCCUACGCUGUCUGCCAUUUUGUGUACAUAUUGACGACAUGACCAUGCUGUUUACCGUAUGCAAUUUGCCCAACUGGAGAGUGUGUGACCGGUGCCAAAUGUGGGGCAAUCCUGCUUACCUGUACAGUUGAGAGUUUAUUUUUGACUAUGAUAGCCUUGUACAUUAUUGAAAAUGUGAAAAAGUCACACCCUAGAAACUAUGUGGCUGAUUCACUUAUUGUGUAUAUGCGAGUGCUUGUCUAUCUUGUCUGAAUCAAAAAAAAAAAAAAAAAAAACUAUUUACAAAGAUGUGAGCAGUACUCUCAUUGGACAUACUAGUUAGUCAUGGAUGCUGGCUUUCUCGCUGGUGCUAAAGUGAGGAUCCCACACAUGGCCAAAAGUCUAUCGAGACACUUUGGCUUAUGUGUUAUCGUAAACAUCUAUGGUAGCAUUAUUGGCACCUACCAUGUUUUGGCUGUGACUAGAGGAACAAGUUUCUUCACAUUGUGAGAAGUAUUCUUGAUCCCUGUAAAGGAAAAAGGGGGUUUAUACAUCAGAAACAUUGUGAGGGUAUUCACUGUCCCAGGGGAAUAACUAUGACCCUGCCAUCUGUCCCCAGUGACCCAGGUUGUGAUUGUGUGCCAGUGACAAACACCAUUUUUGACAUCUCUUGGGAGGGAGGGGGGGAUUUAAAACAGGUCAGGGAACAUUUACCAUUGGGUCCUCUGAUGGUCCUGGUGAUAUGCAAUCGAUAAAUUGAACACAAGUGAGUUAACACUCUGAAUUCAGUGGUUUAAGUGUUAAUGUAAUGGAAUAACUGCUACGUUGCAGACGUGUGACAAUAAAUGUGUUGCUAGUUGGUUGUUUAGGGAGUGUUUUUCUUUGGACAGCCUGUGUCCUGCAGCUGGAUAAAUUUGUCAGAUCUUGAUGUCUGGAAAUUUCCAUGAGGAAGAAGAUUGUACAGAAAAUGAAUUGUCCAUACAUAUAGUGAGCCUAAACAAGGGUUUGGUCUUACGAAGUACAUUAAACUGUUAACUUGGUAUACGGGAGUAAGUGAAAGACUGCCUGGUGGUGUCUGGUUAAUUAUCCUGAGCUUGAUUCUCUGUUGUAUAAUACGCAAACUCGAGCGCAUUUUCAUUUAAAAGUGCUCGUUACAGAAGCAUUUACACUACCAGGGAUUUGGUUGUCUAUGAAUGUUGGAUAGCAAAAGUUUUAUUACAAAGUCAUGGCUUCCAUAUUUUCCAUUUGCCUUCGUAAUUGCAAAUAGUUGUGCUCUCGUCUCAAAUAGCUUAUUGACCAGUGGGCAUAAAGCUUAAUCCCAAGUAAGAGUAAAGCUUGGCAGGUAAAUUGCUUGCAAAAUUAAAUAUAUAAUACUCCUAUAGCAUUUAGAAUGAGAGAGAGCCGGCCUAAAAAGGUAGUUUUAUUUUAAUGAUUGAUGCGAAGAUGGUCAGUCAACCUUUGGCCAAUAAAUUGCUUUGAUCCCUGCGUGUGAACAUUGGCUUUACUGAAGUAUGUUUGGCGAGUGAUGAAUUCACGUCCACACAAGGUUGCUGUUGAGGACACUGUAGUUACAUUGACUUUAAAUAUUAUCAGAUGUGUUGUGUAGCUUAUAUUUUUUAACAAUUUUGACUUGGUGAGUUACAGUACAAGGUCAUUUAUAGAUCUGCAAGUAUUAUUUAUACAAGAAUGCCAAAUUCCAACACUAGUUUAUUAAUAAUUUAAAUAAUAGUUUUGUUACCUUCAGUUGCACAUGUUUUAAUAUACAAAAGUUUUUAUUCUUUGUUUACAUAAUUUCAUAAUUCUUGAACUGUAUGUGUGACUCCAGGUCCUAACAUGGGUGACCAUUGUGCUCAAAUUGCCUAGGAAUGUUGCAAGCAAUGUCAAUUUCCUCCCAAGCACAUACGGUGAGACUGCAACUGAAAAUCUCGUAACAAUUAUCCUCACCUUAGAUGUUUGAGACUUUGUAACCAGUUUAUCACUUUAUUACAUUAAAAUCUAUAAAGCUUUGUUUCACAGUUGCUGAAUGGUUUUAAAGUAUGCUAUUUCAAUAAGUUAUAUUCUAAUGAAUUUCAAAACUUCUUUUACCCAUCUAUAGCACAAGUAAAGGCAAUUAUUUGAAGGUUGCUGCCAAAGGCUGAGUAUUCAGGGUGUAACCUGUAUUGUAUUUGUGACCAAGUGAAGUGAAGCAGAGGUCCAUGUGUCCGUUCUCAUGAUUUUUAGCAGGGAAAAUAAGCCUUAGUAAUUUAUUGCCUCGUUUUUUUUUUUUCUUUUCUCAUAUUUGUCAGUCAUUGCUAAAGUUAGCAAGGUACCUUCCUCUUUAAAUUAAUAUAUGUGAAGCCUAGAAUGUAUGUAAAGCAUCCUUCCCAUUUUCUCUCCAUUUCUUGCUGUGCAGUGUUUCCAAAGGUAAUGAGUGCUCUAAAUGAUAUUUGGAACAUUGAGGAUUUAUGUAGAGCCCUUGUUGAAUUAUUGCAUUUAGGGUCAACACAUUAAGUUGUUUAUGUAAUUCAGCUCGGGUUGGGUAUUUAUUCUUUGGCGCAAUUUUAUUCACUGUUUAUAGUCAUUUUAAAAAUCUUUGUGAUAAAUACCAAGUCAACAGACGAGGGACCUUCGGGAGGAAAGUAAGCCGAGACAUCUGCAAGUUUCCUGUAGUGGAGGUUGCCUUUUGAAGUUCAUGAUGUAAUUAUUCACUAGAAAAUUAAAAUGGCAAAAGUAGUAUCCUGUAUUUGUGAGUGAUAUACCUAGGUAAAAAAAAAUGACUGGAAAUUUAAUAUUUUUUGACAUAUACCCAUGGUAGUUUGAUAUAGUUGAUGCACCUGAUGCGAAGGAGAAUUAGAUAAUUACUUUCUUGUCACUAGGGCUAGAUACAGUCUGGCUCAAAAGUGAAAGCACAGAAAAGUUAGUGGAAAAUUAUUUGCCUUACGCUGUUGAGCAGUCAAAUAAGUGUUCCCAUACAUACAUACAAGCCUGAAGGUAUGCAGGUUAAAUGGUUAACUAUUAUAUAAAGUCAUCUGUCCUUGUGAAAAUAUAGAUGAUGCUUCCUGUAAGACAACCAUUGAGAGCAUGAAUUCAGGAACAGUCAUAUGCAGUGAAUGAGCACUUGAAGUGGUUGUUGAGGGCAGUAUUUCACUGAGUUUAGGUGCUGUGUUGCAAGGGUAAUAUUUAUGCUUGUUUUGAAUGUGUAUUAUGAGAUUAUUUCCAGUCCAAGGUUUGAAUGUCAGUCAUGCUGCUUGUCAGUGGUACAAUAUCCAUGAAUUUGUAACUUGGUCGUGUAAUGUUCCACUAUGAUUCCACUGUAUUUUGGUGAGGUAGCCAUGUGGAAGCUUCCUGUUCAUGCUCCAUCAUCUGAUAUGGAGAUAACUAUAUUGUCAUCAUAAUAAUGAUGUAAUAUUUGCUCUCAUAUGAUGUUAAUAAUCCUGAUAUUCUGUGCGCCUCGUUAAUUUUUUGUUCAAAGUGGUUAUACAUAAUAUUGAUGCCAAUAUGCAAGAUGUAUGAAGUGUGUGUGAAUGUGAUCUCAACAUGUAUUUAAACUUGAUACUUCAGAUGUAUAAAACUCCAUCUCCUCGAGUGAUUCUCUGGACAGACUUUGUGAAGGAGUAAGCCAGGGUAUAUAAAGUAGUAGUCUGUAAGAACACUUCCAAUGCUGUCACUACGUCAUCAUUACCUUUCUCUCACUCGCUCAACACAAAACAACCUCUUUGUUUCUGUUAAAAUAUUAAUUUGGCAAAUAAAUUUCGCAUGUGGUUUUCA